AUCCGAGAUCUCACUUCAGAUCCUACCAGAUCCUACGUCCGUUUUCUGGACAUUGUGCUCUCGUUCGUCCAUUGGGAAUCUAUAUCCCCCAUGUACCCGCCGUCGUAAAGCACAUUUCCUACACGCCAUGGCACCAUGGGCAAGCUGCUGUACAUGCGCCACCCUCCUCGAUGACACCAAGAAGGGUGGUCACCACUACUCAUCGUCAUCGUCAGAGAAACCCAUCCUCUUCACCCGCCACUUAGACUGUUGCCAACGAGACAUCUGCGCAACCUGUCAAAACUCGAAUCCACGCUUCCAGGAAUACUGUCCCUUUUGCCAGAUCUCGACGGGGCCGUCGGCACUGCCCAAGGAGGGGCUACGACUCCCUCCAUCAUACACCAGAAGAGAUGGAACCAAAUCCAACAAUGAUAAAGAGAGAGACACGACGGCAGCACCCCCUAGCUACGAUGAAGCCAUCUCGGUAACCCAAACCUCUUCAUCAUCGUUCAUGACAGCGAACCCCUCUUCCUCUUCCUCUUCCUCUGCCUCCUCCUCCUUCUCCUCCGCCCCCCAAAAUACCGACGACAUCGUCCACCACCUAUCACCAACCGACACACUGGCUGGACUCAGCGUUGCAUACGGAGUACCUGUGGCCAUUCUACGUCGACACAACCACUUAUUCAGCGACACGCUGGUGACAGCACGCAAGUGGUUGUUAAUCCCCGCGACGCAUUACUCCGGGCCCAGUCUCAGCAAACCGCCCGACGCAGCCGAGGAGGAGAGAAAACUCAAGCUACGCCGAUGGAUGGUCGCCACCAAGUGCGCUGACUACACCGUUGCCCAACUUUAUCUCAAGGGUGCAGAUGGCGAUCUCGACGCUGCAGUCGCUCUUUACAAGGACGAUGAUGAUUGGGAAAGGAACAAUCCUCUCAAACAUAAUGCGAGGACGAGGAACAGUAACAACAACAACGGUCGUUCGUCGAGGUCGUCGUCCUCGGCUACAGCGGCUGCGGGUUUCGUUGCUCAAUUGUCUCGAUGACAUCGGAGCACGUUUGUGCAUCUCCAGAAGGAGGAGAGACCUGAUGAAUAACUUAGAUAUACGAGGCAACUGACCAGGCAAACAUGAUGACUUUGAUGGACUUAUGGCGAACUGGAGUUGGUUGGUGUUUUGCUAGGAUUGGGCACUUUAGAUAUGUGUGUAUACAUUAGGAGUCAAUAUACCAACGUGCGUUUCCA